AUGGCAACGAGGUGGGGAAUCUGUAGCGCGGGGCAGAUCAGUCAUGACUUCACUAUAGCCCUGAAAACUCUUCCUCCUGAAGAACAUCAGGUUGUGGCUGUGGCAGCUCGCAAAUUAGAGGAUGCACAGGAGUUUGCCAAAAAGCAUAGCGUCUCCCGGGCAUACGGCAGCUAUGAGGAGCUGGCCAGAGAUCCAGAUAUAGAUGCGGUGUAUGUUGGAGUUAUCCACCCCUACCAUCUGACCACUUGUCUGCUCUUUACGAAUGCCAAGAAGAAUGUGCUGUGUGAGAAGCCACUGGCCAUGAACACCAAGGAGGUGAAGGAGAUCCUGACCUCUGCCAAGAGGAACGACGUCUUCCUCAUGGAGGCCGUCUGGACCCGAUUCUUCCCGGCCUCAGUGGAGAUCAAACGGCUGCUGGCCCAGGGGGAGGUAGGAGAGGUCAAGAUGGUAAGAUCCGAGUUUGGCUUGCCGGUGAUCCACUUGCCGAGAUCUUCGCAGAAGGAGCUGGGCGGAGGAGCAAUGCUAGAUAUUGGUGUCUACUGCUUGCAGUUCAUAUGCAUGGUGUACAAUGGAGAAAAGCCAGAGUGCAUCCAGGCCACAGGUGUCUGCACGGAGACAGGAGUGGACGAGACUGUCGUUGUCACUCUGAAGUUCUCCAAGAACAGGUUGGCAGUGUUUACUUGCUCUUCGCGUGUAGAGCUGUCCAACGAUGCCAUAAUUGUGGGGACAAAAGGCAUCAUCAGGAUCCCUGCCCAUAUGUGGUGCCCCACAUCAUUAGAAGUGAACGGGAAGGAGACCCAGUACCCAGUGCCAGAUCCCUGUCUGCCUCUAAACUUCCUCAACAGCACAGGUAUGCGUUACGAAGCAGAGGAGGUUCGACAGUGUUUGCUCAAAGGGCUAAAGGAGAGUGCAGUUAUCUCCCAUGCUGACUCUAUUCUGCUGGCUGAGGUGGAGGACGAGAUUCGCAGGCAGGUGGGGGUGGUGUACAGCCAGGACAGCCAGUAAUAAACAUUAAGCUGAAAAAAAUCCCCUUGUUGAAUAGAACACGUUUGUUAUCGAGCAUGAAUGGUUCUUUAUGUUCCAACUGGACUUAACAUUAGUACAUGAUCAGUUUGGAUCAUAUUGACUAAGAAAGCGAAACUUCCUCUUUUGUCUGGCAACGAUUAGCUUUAAUAUGGCUCAUGUGUUUUGAUAAAGAUGUGUGACACGCCAGUAUUUGCAAGCUCUUUAGUUCAUCAAACCUACUCACUGGAUGUCUUAGGUCUACCCACACAUUAAAGCACUAUCAAACCUUUGAGCAUUUAUAAAACAUUCAGUGACUUGAGUUUUUCACCUGAAGGAAAAAAAAAAAAAAAAUUUUUAAAAAGGCAAAGACAAGGUAGGUGCUCAUAUUUUUUAUUGAUGGAAACUCAGUCUUUUAGGAUAGCUCAGUACACCAGCUAAACAUUUCUUACACUCUAGCAUUACAAUCAAAAGCAUGUUAGACACAUGAAGACAACUACAGUGGGUCACCAACAAAAAGAGAAGCAGAGGUGGUUCCACCCACCACCCAUUGGAGUUGAGAGGGAAAGGAAGU